AUGCUGAGUAGGAAACUUGAUAAAGGGACAAAGGUUGCCUGGAAUCUGUGUAGAACGUCAGGGCAGUUACCAUCUUUAGUGGAAUUUUUUACUUUUUUGGAACUUCGGGUAACUGCUUUGGAACAUUCUUGUAGUUCAGACAGCAAACCAGCGUCAACAAAGAGUGUUCAUACCAUUGUCAAGAGGCCUACACAGUCAUGUAGUCUUUGUAAAAGGGAGGAUCAUGCCUUAUAUAAGUGUCCCAAUUUUAAAUCAUUAGAUAUAGUAGCUAGAAAGAGCUUUAUUAAUAAACAUGGGAUAUGUAUCCGUUGUUUGGCAGCUCGACACAGUGUGGCUAAGUGCAAAUUCAGCACAAUGCACAAUACCUUGCUGCAUGAGGACCCUGAGCCUGUGCCCAGUACUUCUCAAAGUAGCACGGUUUGUAUGGCUAGCAACACAGGUGUACAGACCUUGUUAUCAACUGUUUCGCUUACUGUCAUUGACGCGGGGGGUUCACAACAUACGGUGAGAGCACUUUUAGACAGUGAGUCUCAGAUAAAUUUAAUAACUAAUUCUCUUUUGGCGAAACUGAAAUGUUCCAUUAAUUCAGAGGUACAUAGACUGAGCGUUUUGCAAGGCCAAAGCUUUUUGUGCAAUAAGGCAGUAAAGUUGACUGUCAAAUCUAGGAUAGGAGCGUUCUCUAGAAACAUCAAUUGUGUGGUUGUGGAUAGAAUUACGCAUGCAUUACCAUCUGUAUUUAUAGAUUAUGAAGGCCGGAAGAUUCCUGACAAUGUCUCGUUGGCAGAUCCGUCAUUCAAUGUGCCUGGCAACGUGGAUAUGCUGAUAGGAGUCGAAUUAUAUUUUGAUGUUUUGCAGCAAGGGUGUAUUAGGCUAGGAAAUCAUCUUCCUAUUUCAAGGAAAAGCUCUUUCGGAUGGUUGAUUUCUGGUGUCUUUAAGGCAGAACUUCAAAGUAAUGUACACGUUGGUCUUAUUUCUAAUGAGGAUCUUCACAAUAGUUCGACGAAGUUUUGGCAGUUAGAAGAAACUUCUUCGAACAAUGCUAUGACGGGUUCAGAUAAGCAGUGUGAAGAUCAUUUUAUGGCCGAUGUUACACGCCUUGAAAAUGGCCAAUUUGAGGUGGCCUUGCCGUUUGUGGAGGACCAGGUCGAAAAGCUUGGAUCAUCAUUUGUUACUGCAAAACAUAUAUUCUUGAAUUUAGAGAGGCGAUUUGCUAGGGAUGUCAGCUUGUUUGAAGCAUACUCCUAA